CUGCACGGAGACCAAACCACAGAAGUUCCUUCGCCCUCUUUACACCGAACGCCACAACUGGCAGUGAGGACAAAACGACCGUUUCAUCCCUGACCGUGACUCCUUUCUGCACAUUCUGCUUACUCUCGCACACACGAGUAGAUAAGAUAGCAUAGCAUGUCCUCUUUGGCUCUCGCACGUCGACUUUCGUCGUCCCUUGGGCAUGGUAAGAAGUCAAUCCCUCACUCCGCCUUUGCGACGCUGGCAAAUCCUCUUGUUUCUUGGAACGGCGAUGUGAGUAGGAAUACUGAUGCUAGUCCGAGCGUUAGUGCUACCUCUCGCAACCAUGUCCAUGCACUCUGUGCUUCCAGUUCCACCUCGGCUACUGUAUUUGCGAAGAAUAGUACGUUCACUGGUAGCACCUGGUCUCCAGCCUCGGUCCCUUUGAUGCGCAGCUUUUCGACGGUGUCUUCGACGGACUUUCUCCAAGCCUACGAAGCGCACGUGGCGGAGCGUCUCAACGAAGCCGACGGUCUCGGCAUUGCGCCAAAGCCUCUCAGUGCCGAGCAAGUUUCGGAUCUCAUUGCGGUCCUAAAAACGGAAACUCCCAACGCUGAAGCCUUGCUCGACCUCCUCGUCAAUCGCGUUCCUCCCGGAGUCGACGAAGCUGCCUACGUCAAAGCUACCUGGCUCAGUGCGUUGGCCAAGCAAGAAGAAACUAACCCCUACAUUACACGAGCCCGCGCCGUCGAGCUCCUCGGGACUAUGCAAGGAGGCUACAAUGUUGCUACUAUGGUGGAACUUUUGGAAGACUCCGAUAACGAGAUUGCCAUGAUUGCCGCCGACAAGCUGUCGCAUACGCUUCUCGUCUUUGACGCAUUUUACGAUGUGCAGACCAUGCACGAAAAGGGCGUCGCCGCCGCUACCAAGGUGAUGGAGAGUUGGGCCAGUGCGGAAUGGUUCACGAAGAAACCCAAGGUCCCCGAAGUUAUGACCGCCACCGUCUUUAAGGUAACAGGAGAAACCAACACGGAUGAUUUGAGUCCGGCACAGGACGCUUGGUCGCGUCCCGACAUCCCUCUCCACGCCGUGGCCAUGCUCAAGAACGCUCGCGAAGGUAUCAACCCGGAUAAAGAAGGAGAAAUCGGUCCGAUUCAACAGAUCCGCGCCUUACAAGAAAAAGGAUUUCCUCUUGCAUACGUCGGAGAUGUAGUCGGCACCGGAUCGUCCCGCAAGUCCGCGACGAACUCCGUACUCUGGUACAUGGGCGACGAUAUCCCCUACGUGCCCAACGUCAAAUCUGGUGGACUUUGUUUGGGUAGCAAGAUUGCGCCAAUCUUUUUCAAUACCAUGGAAGAUUCUGGAGCCCUGCCCAUUGAAUUGGAUGUGGGCGAAAUGAAUAUGGGCGACGUCAUUGACGUCUACCCCUACGAAGGUGUUGUCAAGAACCACGACACGGGCGAAGUCGUUACGGAAUUCAAACUCAAGACUCCCGUCAUCAUGGACGAAGUCCGAGCGGGAGGACGAAUUCCUUUGAUUAUUGGUCGUGGCUUGACCGUCAAGGCCCGCGAAGCCUUGGGUCGAGAUGCCGCCGUAACGGAUGUCUUUCGUAUGCCGGCACUUCCCGAAGGCAGCAAAAAGCCGGAAGGCUUUACCUUGGCCCAAAAAAUGGUCGCCAAGGCCUGUGGACUUCCCGAUGGUGAAGGUGUCGUGCCUAAUCAGUACUGUGAACCCCGCAUGACCACGGUGGGUUCGCAGGAUACAACUGGUCCAAUGACUCGCGACGAAUUACGCUCCUUGGCUUGUUUGGGAUUCUCCUCUGAUUUAGUCAUGCAAAGUUUCUGCCACACCGCGGCCUACCCCAAACCGGUCGAUGUCGUGACUCACCACACGUUGCCUGAUUUUAUCCGCACUCGCGGUGGUGUUUCCCUCCGACCAGGUGACGGUAUCAUCCAUUCCUGGUUGAAUCGUAUGUUGCUGCCCGAUACGGUAGGAACCGGGGGAGAUUCGCAUACUCGUUUCCCCAUUGGUAUUUCCUUUCCUGCUGGCAGUGGCCUGGUGGCUUUUGGUGCGGCGACGGGAAUCAUGCCACUCGACAUGCCGGAGUCCGUCUUGGUACGAUUUUCUGGAACUGUGCAGCCCGGUAUUACUCUCCGCGAUCUGGUGCAGGCGAUUCCGUAUACGGCAAUCCAGAUGGGACUGUUGACGGUCGAAAAAAAAGGCAAAAAGAACAUCUUUUCCGGACGAAUUUUGGAAAUCGAAGGUCUUCCUCAGCUCAAGUGCGAACAAGCCUUCGAAUUGUCCGACGCAUCUGCCGAACGAUCCGCCGCAGGUUGUACCAUCAAGCUCGACAAAGAACCCAUCAUCGAGUAUCUUAACUCCAAUGUUGUAAUGCUCAAGUGGAUGAUUGCGGAAGGAUACGGAGAUCCUCGCACGUUGGAACGCCGCAUUGCUCGCAUGCAGGAGUGGCUCGCCGACCCCGUUUUGAUGGAAGCCGAUCCGAAGGCGGAGUACGCUGCCGUUAUUGAUAUCAACCUCGACGAACUGAAAGAACCCGUGUUGGCCUUGCCAAACGACCCAGAUGCUUCGGCCUUGUUGUCCGAAGUGCAGGGCAGUCACAUUGACGAAGUUUUUAUUGGCUCGUGCAUGACCAACAUUGGACACUUUCGCGCCGCCGGAAAGUUGCUCAACAAAUUGGAGAAGCCCAUCCCGACACGCCUUUGGAUCGCUCCUCCUACCAAGAUGGACGAAGCGCAGUUGGUCGAAGAGGGCUAUUACAGUAUCUUUGGUUCGGCCGGUGCCCGUACGGAAAUGCCUGGUUGCAGCCUUUGCAUGGGCAACCAAGCACGGGUCGCUCCGGGAUGCACCGUCGUGUCCACCUCGACGCGGAACUUCCCUAACCGUCUUGGACAAGGUGCUAACGUGUAUCUUGCCAGUGCUGAACUCGCCGCCGUCGCCGCGAUCGAAGGUCGUCUGCCGACAGUGGAAGAGUAUAUGAAGUACAUGGACCAGGUUAAGGACGACGCUGCUGAUACGUACCGUUAUUUGAACUUUGACCAGCUUCCGGACUUUGUCAAAAAGGCCGACUCUGUGGAGAUAAGUGCAGAAAUGAAAGAUGCGGCCCACAAACUUUCCAUGGGGGAGUAAAGAAUAAGCAAACAAAGGAAUGCGGAUAUAAGCACAAGAAUUCGAUUGUUUUACAGUGUGCACGGAUACGCAUCAACAUUCAAUAUACCAUACAUAAUACGAAAAGGAUGGUUCUAGCAAAGGUUUUGUGGUCUCUGUUACAUA